CGUGUAAUGUCGCUGAGUACAAACGCGCGCCUUCGCUACUCUGGGACUGCCAGCGAGCACACCACCGCCGCCCAGCAUGUUGAAAUUUCUGGUCCAGGGUGGUGCAGUGCCCUUCGGAUACGCGCCAGAUAUGAAUGGAAGUGAUCCUCUACCCUGCCUCCGCCACCACAACCCUGCCCGCCAGGAUGUUUUGCCCCACCAUGCUUAUCAUUACGUGAGAGAUCAACUUCCGGACGUCAUCUUGAGCAACACCCCUCCCUCUUCACCUCUCCGCCGCACCCGCUCCUGCCAUGCAUUUUUCCCGGACACCCCUCCCCCCUCACCCCCGCUGCCUCCAACCCCUCCCUUGACCCCUGGAACACCCAGGACGGGGGAGCGCGCGACAAGAGCGGAAGGUGGGAAUUUGGAACAGGUAGAAAUGGAUGAACCGUCGCCCCCUGAACUUCCAGAGCUCUGUUGGCCUCUUCCCCCGCGCCGCCACGCCCCGAGAGAGGAAGAGGAAGGAGGUCAAGAAGAGCAAGGGGAGGAGGAGGAGCGGGACGAGGAGCAACAGAGAAGGUGGCGUUACAUUGGCACUGAUCUGAGGAAUAUUGCUGAUCAGUUCCAGUUCAGGUACUCCAAGGCACUGGAGACGAAGAGCCAAAGGAGGAGGAGGCGGAGGGAGAGGAGAGAGGAAGAAGUGGAAGAGGAGGAUGUUGAGGAAGGAAGGGAAGAGCAAGGAGGAGCACUAAGCUUGUCAAUUCCCUCAGCCCUCACCAGAUGUCUCUCCGCCUCAUUCUUCCUCAUCAUCUGCUGGAGAAUCGUCGACAAGCUUCACUAGGGCAAAGACACCGCCCACUGCCGCCCAUCACACGCCCACACCUCCCAUAAGCCCCCUUUCCCCGCCCCAGCAGCCGCCCUCGCCUCACCUUCCUGCCCGCCCGUCUUACCAGUAACUCAAAAUCGUUUUUUUUUCUGGAUGUUUUCUUAAAGACUUCCGUUUUCUUCGAGAUGAAAUUCAACAAUCUCUCUCUCUCUCUCUCUCUCUCUCUCUCUCUCUCUCUCUCUCUCUCUCUCUCUCUCUCUCUCUCUCUCUCUCUCUCUCUCUCUCUCCCUUUUUAUCCUCCCUUUUUCUCUCCCUUUCUCAUUCUCCCUUUUCUUUCCCUGUACCUUCAAAACACUCCAUAACUCGUUACCCCCAAAAGUCUUUCAAUCAUAAUAGGAAGCCGAAAAAAUCCUCUCUCUCUCUCUCUCUCUCUCUCUCUCUCUCUCUCUCUCUCUCUCUCUCUCUCUCUCUCUCUCUCUCUCUCUCUCUCUCUCUCUCUCUCUCACAGGAAAUGGAGGAAAGGAAAUAACCAUGGAGGAAAAUAUGUCACCUCCAUUCUUUUUCUCCUUAACUUUUGUUCCCUCCUUAUCGCCUCCUACUCCUCCUCCUCCUCCUCCUCCUCUUACUCCUCUUUACACCACAAAAGGGACAGCCUGCUUCCCCUGAUGUAUAGGUUGUCCCCCUCCUCUUCCCCUUCCUUUCCCUCAUUCCUUGCAAGUUCCCCUCACAAAUUUACCUCCUUAACAACUCCCUCCCUCCCUCCCUCCCUCCCUCCCUCCCUCUCCUGCUUUAAAUCCCUAGCAGGCAAUUGUCUUGGUAGAGCUUUACGGAGAGAAACUGAAAGAUCUCAUUGUCCAGUAAGUAUUGUGUAAGCUUUAUGUUUGUAUUAUCUUUUCUUCUUUCUGUAUCUCGUUAUUUCGUAAGAUUAGUAUCGGAAACCACAUUUUUUUUUUUUUUUCGGCGAGUCUUCCUCUGUAUUUUUGAAAGGGAAGCCUGCAUCAAAGUUUACGAAGCACGUACGUGGUGUUGACAUUGUACUAUAAUAAAGAAGGGAAGACAGGAUUAUAAAUCUGGGCUCAUCAAAAGAGGAGGAAGAAAAAGGAGUAAAGGAGUACAAAGUAAAGAUGACGAGGAAGUUUUUUUUUUUUUUUCUCUCUCUCAUUCCCUUUUCUUAUUAGCCAGCAAGAAGAGAGAUGUGAGCUGAGCCCAGUGUUUCCUGUGUUUCCGCCUCUCUUUGUACAUAGAUAGCUUCCUUGGUGCUUCGAGUCAUGCGUUGGUAAGACUACUUGCUCUUAGACACACACAGCCGCGGCCCGCUAACAGUGCAGCGAUGAGAGGGAAAGAAAGCGAAAAAGCGUAAAAGACACGUGUAAACAAAAAAUAAAGUAGAUAAAAUGGUAAGAACUUAGACAAGACCGACAUUUUAGUGGUGAUGCAUCUGAGUACUUAAAACGAAGCUUCAUUUUCCCACUCCACUUAAUUAAUGUUGCUUCCAAAGACGUGAAUUUCUUCCAGAAGUGAUUAUUGUUAUUAUUAUUAUUAUUAUUAUUAUUAUUAUUAUUAUUAUUAUUAUUAUUAUUAUUAUUAUUAUUAUUAUUAUUAUUACUACUACUACUAUUAUUGCUGUUGUUCACGAAAGAAUCAAUAGCCGAUCUCAGUGUGUGUGUGUGUGUGUGUGUGUGUGUGUGUGUGUGUGUGUGUGUGUGUGUGUGUGUGUGUGUCCCCUCAUGACCACCACGGUUAGCGGACUGUCGGGCGCGUGUCUGCGGUCAUCAAAGCUACAAGGAGUGAUAACUGGAGAGAACUGUAAAGACGUAGAAAUAAGAAACUAAGAGGAUAGCAAGAGGCAAACAAUCCACCACAAGAAGCAAGUCAGAGACGUGCGAUUGUGUUGUUGUUGUUGCCUCUCUCUAUUGCUCUCCGUGCCGGCCCUCGCCUCCCCUUCGGAUUGUUACCCUUGGACACUAGCCAGCCACGGGGAGCCGAGAGCCAGCCCUUGUUACGUAGCCCGGGCUGACGGGGCUAUUGUGUGCGCGCUGACCCACCAGGCACCCCACCCACCACUCCCGCCCACUCACCCACCCGUCCACCCUCAUGAGCAUAAUUCGUGAAGGGUUUAAUAUGCACUGGCAAACAUGGGAAUUGAUAUAUUGUCCCUUUGAGUUGGCUGUAUUGAUUUGUUGAUUUGUUUCCAUCUGGACUGAGUUCCAGUUUCCCUAAGAAAUGGUCAUAUUCUACAAUUAUUAGUAUUAUUCAUUUCAUUUUACUUUUUAGUAAGAGGAAAAGUUUACACGACAGCUCUCUCAAUCUAUCACAUCCCUGCAUCCCAGAGCUCUCACUUCAAACUAAUGAAUUAGUUUAUUCAUUCAUUUCUAUUUAAAUGAGAUACGAAAUUCCCUGCACUUCGUGACUCUGCUACUUGGUGCACCUGUACAACUGACGCUUGCAAAUAGGUUACUUUGUCCUUGUGUUUUGCUUGUGUUUUGGCGGUGGUUUUCUGGGCGGGUAGAAGUGUGAAGUGUGUUGUGUUCAGCUGUGGUCUUCCCGCACCACUAUCCAGCGUUGCCAGACCAGUGAAGGGAGGAAAGCUAAACUCGAGUGGAGAUUUGCCUAGUACUUCAUCAAUCUCUCCAUCAUUACAUGUCAUUCACGCUGAAAUCUCUUUAGAUCACAUUGAAAUCUACCAACAUACAAAUUUUUUUUAUUUAUUUUUAUUUAUUUUUUUUUUAUCGAACUACGAAGUGGCUUCUUGACUUUACUCAUUUGACUAACCGUAGAUAAUUUAACUAAGCGGAAAUUAAAGUAUAUCCACUUAAAACUUUAAUAAAUUUUCAAGCACAUUACUCAGCGUGCGCUAUCUUUGGAAACCAUAAUCUGAAUUUGCCUAAGAUCACUGAGAAGAAGCUUAAUCAGUCCAGAGUUAAUAGCAGAAAGCCAAAGCAGUCAAAAAAGUUAAAACCUGAAGUUCCUUUUUAAAUCCAAACACUUCAUCUCAUCUCUCUACUUCCGCCACUCCGUACCCUCCCCUCAGCUGGUCUGGGAGCGCUGAUCUCCUAGUCAGGAGGAUCAGCAAUCAAAAUGAUCUCGUUUGUUCGUUUGUCGACCUUGUGCAAUGGUCUCUCCCACCUUUCCUAAGUUUAUCCCUAUCCCCUAUCCCUUUCCCUCACUCCCACCACUUCCAAUUUUUCCUAUCUUGCCCAUCACUAUCUUACUCUAUCUUAUGGUACCCUGCUAUGCUCUAUCCUACCUUCCCCCUACCUUGCCAUACAUUCCUCUCACCCCGUUCCCGUUCCCCCGAAAUGAGCGCCUUCGCCGGUCUUUCAUUACACAGGCUAGUCCCACAGUGCCCUCAAGUGCUGUUGGGUAUUUGUAGAUAAGUUAGUGUUAUUUACAAUUAAAUAUGUACAGUACAGUAAGAUUGUCAUCAUCUGUCUUCAAGUAUCUGUCGUAUUUUUAGACGAGUUUCCCACUUUCUUUCUCUCUCUCUUAUGGUACUGAAAAUAAAGGAAAAGAUAUAUAGUUUGUGUAUGUUACUACUGUAUUCUGUUUGUUUCUUGCCUGUCUCACCGUGACGUAGUAUUAUGCAAACAAGUCAUGACUCACUAUACAUUGUGCUAGACGAUACAUAUUUAAGCACAAAAAGACAUUGAUUGUAAACCAGCAGGAGAAAAUCAGUGAAGCACGAUGUUUUUUUCCUGCUGGUAAAUGAAUAAUAUUAGAUAGACCACGAAUCCAUCCGGUCCCACUGCCAAAUGUAGGAGUAAUUCGUGGUAUUUUUGCUGCAAUUAACGAGAAAAAUAAUGGAUCGCAUGAAGAUAUGCCAUACGGUUUCAUUUUUCAGACUGGCUAGGUUAAGGUGGGCUACCUCACUCGUCUUCCUUACCUAGACUAACCUGUUAAUGACGAGAGAAAUUAACACACGAGUCAACCUAUCAGUUAUUCAUUUGGAUUGUCCUAUUUGAUAACAUCAGAUUAGGUUAGGUUACUCCACCUGACCAAACCUAACCUCAUCUCACUUUACCCAUCCCAAAAAGUAGUUAGGGUGGAUACUUUUUCAUGUGGUUCAAGUCAAUCACGUAAUUGCCUUUCGCUUCACACUGCCAGCUGAUUUGAAACAUAUAUUUUAUUACAAUGUAUGAAAAAAAGUUCCAAAACUUUUGCGUGCCUUUGUGUUGUCAAGAGAUUGAUGGAGAAAAUAGAACAACCUUUAUACACAAGAUUAUGUAACAAUGUUCAAGUGACUGACCGGUUUUUUUUAUUUUUUUUAUGAAGAAUAUCAACAGAAAUGCUUUAUUGGUAAAAUAACAGGAAUGCUUUGUUGUACUCUUUAGAUGGUAAAAUAUCAACAAAAAUGCUUUGUUGUACUUUUAGAUGGAAAGUAUCAACAAAUCUGUUUUGUUGUACUUUUUUCAGCCAGUUUCCAUGUGCAAUAUAUAAACAUUAAAAGACAAGGCAACUGGCCAGUAGGAAUAGUUGACUGACUCAUGUUUAUGUGAACUGCAUUCUUAAAUGUUUGGAUGUCUUCUUACCGUGACUACUUUUGGCAGGUUAUAGAGGACGUUCCUGGAGUUCUCAGUGGUGUUUUCAUGAUUCUAGUGACAAUUCAACAAAAAUUCAACAUCGGUUAGGGUUUAAACAUUUCGUUAUUUUACUGAUAACACAACAGUGAGUCUACACCAACUGUGAGAAGAAAACAUAGAGAACCCGACAAAUAAUCUCUGUAGCCUUUGAAAAGUAGUUGUAAUGGAAGCCUAAAUGGUUUAAGAAUACAGGAUUGUGUUGCUAAACCCCUGUCACCUAUGACCUCAGGCCCCUGCGUGGGUGUUGAAGGGAAGGAGAGGGAAGGUGGAGGUGGGUGGGGUAACAGGUGUGCCUGGUUUUGAAUUACUUGACCAAAAUAUCAAAGAAUGUCAAUAUUAUUAUUAUUUUAGGUGCCAUUUACAUACAUUCCAAGGAACAGUGUAAAAUGAUUUGCAGGAAGAAACGUUUGUAUUAUAUAUGUCGUUCUUUAUUUUUUAUUAUUAACUUGAUGGGAGUGUUUAUUUUAUAUACGCCAAAUGUAUGGACACACACACACACACACACACACACACACACACACACACACACACACACACACACACACACACACACACACACACACACACACACACACACACACACACAUUCCCGUGUCAACCUGAUAUACAAA